CCCGUCUCGACGGCGCUCGCGCCGCUCGCCGUGUUUGUGGUGAUCAACGGCGCGGCGAACGGCGGGUUCUUCUCGACGAUGCCGACGGUCGUUGGGACGGUUUUUGGCGUCGGCCGGGUGAGUGUGGCGAUGGGCAUGAUCGCGACUGGUUGGGUCGGCGGGUAUCUCAUGGGAGCACCGAUUGCGGGGUACAUCCUCAACGCAUACGGCGGUGCUGACAGCACGUUAUCCGCGUACCACCCGGCGAUGUUCUAUGCGGGAUCCAUGGCUGCAGCAGCCGCGGGUCUCGUCCUGUUGGUCAGAUUCAAAAUCAGCACCGACGUGCUCAGUAGAGUUUAGAAAGAAGAUUUC